UGGGAACCUCCAACUUUGGUUUAUUCCAGCUUCUACUUUUACUCGAUUUCCACCUUUUGCCUUGGAUCGUUCACUGCCCCUCAACGACUACACAGUCACGUAUACAUCCUACAGAACAAGCUCAGACAACGCGGCACACGAGAAUGGCACCCACUAACGCGCGCAAGAGGAAAUCCGAGGAGAUCGAGCAACCUGCUGGCGCCGUGACACCUACUGGCAGCCCUUCUCACAAGAAGAUGAGAAUCACGCUGUCUCAAAAGCAAGCGCUGAUAGACAACCUACAAUUAGAAAUCACCGAACGAGCUCGUCAACUUCGAGCUGGCUAUGCUCUACAAUGUGCCGACCUUCGAUCUCGCAUCGAACGACGCGUCAAUCGAAUUCCUCUGGCUCUCCGGAAGAUGACAAUGGGAGAGCUCAUGGCGGAGUACGACGACAACGUCCAGAAGCCACCACACUCUCCCGUCAAACAAUCCACCACGACGGCCUUGAACAAGGAUCGACCCCUCCCACCUCUUCCACAUCAACAGCAAAAACACAAACCCACCUCUCCGAUGCGUCCCCAGCCGGCAGCUGCAGCACGAGGCAAGAAGCGCAAGAGUUCGUCUAUCCGGAUUGCUUCGGACAAGGAGAACGAGAACGGUGGGAUGUACAAUCAGGACACGCUCCCCGUCCAAAAGAACACGAAACGCACCAAGACGGCGGCGACUACCACCAAACCCACAAACACAAAAGCAACGUCCGUCCUCUCCCCUAGAUCCCACAACUCUCGCACCCUCCCACGCUCCCCGAUCAAGGAGUAUCCGGUCAACACCUCUCCGGUCAAAGGUAGCAUGAUCGCCCGGCCAACGUCACCCCUCAAACCGGCCUCACCGCUCAAGACCGCCGCCACGGCCGUCUCGGCCAGCGUGCACGGCAUGUACGAGCACGCGAAGCGAGGCGCGACCGCUCGUCUCAACCGGACGGCGUCAAAGGACAAGGCCACGACGACCACGGCAACCUCUGCUAGAGGUGCCAUGCUCCCACCACCUCGUCCAGCCCCAUCUGCACCGAGCAGUCCACAACAAAGGACGGUGAGCCAGGCCAGCAACCACAGCACCAGCACCGACAUCUCCACGGCGUCGAGUGGAACGACGAUUGUCAAACCAAAGCGUGGCACUCGAGCAGCUACGACGAAGAGCACCACGACGGCCAAGGCAACCAGGACCGCGGCUUCAGCAGCACCACCCAAAAGCCCCCCCGCCCCGGCGAAACGAGGCGUUGCCAAGGCAGCCAGUGCCGCGAAGACUGCUCUAAAACGUGGCGGCACCACGACAGCAACCAGAAAAGCUGCAGCUGCCACCGCUGCCGCCGAACCUGCCACUGGACGGAGGGUGUUGAGGAAGAGGACUUGAGUGCUUUGGCUUUGGGUAGCUAUGGAUCUGUGUGUACGGACAGUGUGAAUUAUGAUCGUGUCUGUCAGUUUUUUGAGAAAGGAAAGGGUAGGGGAGUACCCAGGUAUCGACGCGUAGCUACCUACCUAGCUUGCUUGAAGCUCGAGCCCAAGUUUAUGGAUUCGGCUGUUCUGUUGUUUGGGCGUUCAAUUGGUUGCAGUAUCGAGCAUCAAGGACGGAUUAAAAACAUCAUCACGUGUUUUGUACAGAGUUCCAUUUC